AAAAAAAAACUGCCUGCUAUCUCUUCAUCAAGUCGCACAGCUUGUGGCUGUCUGCGGAACAGCUCUGGUGAUUGUUGGUGUGUCGCUGGAAGAAUAACGCCCCUCCGCAGCAGCGGAUGGAGAGACUAUGGUCCCCUUCUGAAAUCAUUUCCAGCCCGGGACUGGAAGUGUCAACAUCUCAUGCUGAGAGACUCUCCGUGCUUUACUUUUACUCUCUCUGGGAUCCACUCAAGGAUGAACUGAAACUUUUUGGAUUAUAUAUUUGUUUUUUUGAUUUUUAUUUUUUAUUUUUAAUUGUUGACGAGGAAGACUUUUUAAUCGGAUAUAUGAGAAAACCCACGUGGAUUUGUACAAUCUUUUUAAACCAGAAGGAAUGCAUAUUUUGUUUGUGAAACUAACAUUCCUGUUGUYGCUGAUAGGAAUAACACAAGGUCUAAGAUGCUCCAUGCCUACUGAGUCAUGUUUGAACCAGGGGAGGUGUGAAGCCACUCCAGAUGGCAAUGGAGAGUGCAAGUGCCAGGAUGGAUUUGUAGGAAGCAGGUGCCAGUUUCAUGACCCGUGCAACAACUUGCCAUGCAUGAAUGGCGGCACUUGUCGUGCUGUCUCCAAGGGGAACACAGUGGACUUUAACUGCACCUGCAGAGUGGGCUACACUGACCGCCGCUGCAUGACGCCUUACAACAUUGCCUGCCUCAGCUCACCRUGUCGAAACGGGGGCACCUGUGAGCCGGAGGGUCUCCAGACGUACAAGUGCCGCUGCCCACCUGGAUGGUCAGGUAAAGACUGCACAAAAGCUGACCCAUGUGCCUCAAAUCCGUGUGCCAACGGCGGGCACUGCUCUUCGUUAGGGUCCAGAUUCGUUUGCACAUGCACGCCCUUCUAUUUUGGACAAACCUGCAAACAGGACGUCAACGAGUGCGGCAAGAGCCCUCAGCUCUGUAAAAACGGUGGCUCAUGUAUCAACGAGGUCGGCAGCUACCGAUGUCAGUGCCCACCAGAGUACACGGGGAAGCACUGCGACAGCCGUUACCUUCCCUGCAACCCGUCGCCCUGCAUGAACGGAGGAACCUGCAUCCAGAAAGGAGAGACCAACUACGAAUGCUCUUGUGUGCCAGGAUUUACAGGAAAAAACUGCAACUACAACAUUGAUGACUGUCCGGGUCACGAGUGCCAGAAUGGCGGCACGUGUGUGGAUGGAGUCAACACCUACAACUGCCAGUGUAAACCAGAAUUUACAGGUCAGCACUGCAUGGACGAUGUCGACGAGUGCCAGCUUAUGCCCAACGCGUGCCAAAAUGGCGGCACGUGCCACAACACAUACGGCAGCUACCAGUGCGUGUGCGUGAACGGCUGGACCGGGGACGACUGCGGCGAAAACAUCGACGACUGUCCCAGCGCCGCCUGCCACCAGGGGUCCACCUGUCACGACCGCAUUGCAUCUUUUUACUGCGAGUGUCCUCACGGCCGCACAGGUCUGCUCUGCCAGCUGAAGGACGCCUGCAUCAGUAACCCGUGUCAGAGAGGCUCCAACUGUGACACCAAUCCCGUGACUGGAAAUCAUUUCUGUAACUGCCCCCAAGGAUACGUUGGUCCUUCCUGUGAUCAGGAUGUUGAUGAGUGCUCAUUAGGGUCCAACCCGUGUGAGCAUGCAGGAAAGUGCAUAAACACCAAGGGUUCGUUUCAGUGCAAAUGCCAGCAGGGUUACGUGGGGGCACGCUGCGAGGUGGACGUUAACGAGUGCUUGUCGUACCCGUGUCAGAACGAGGCCACCUGCCUGGACCAGAUUGGAGAAUUCCAGUGUAUCUGCAUGCCAGGCUACGAGGGGAAGUUCUGUCAGAUCGAUACAGACGAGUGCGCCAGCGGCCCCUGCCUAAACAGCGGCAAGUGUAUCGACAAGAUCAACGCUUUCCACUGCCAGUGCCCCACAGGCUUCACUGGGAAUCUUUGCCAGAUAGACAUCGACGAGUGUGCCAGUACGCCGUGCAAAAAUGGCGCCAAAUGCACAGACGGGUCCAACAAAUACACCUGCGAGUGCACCGAAGGCUACACUGGAAGGCACUGUGAGACAGACAUCAAUGAGUGUUACUCCAACCCGUGCCACUACGGCUCCUGCGUCGACGGCCUGGCCUCCUUCAGCUGCCACUGCAAGCCCGGGUUCACCGGGAGGCUGUGUGAGACCAACAUCAACGAGUGUCUGAGCCAGCCGUGCAGGAACGGAGGCACCUGUCAGGACAGAGAGAACGCCUACGUCUGCAGCUGCCCCAAGGGAACCACGGGAAUCAACUGUGAAAUCAACAUCGACGACUGUAAGAGCAAUCCCUGUGACUACGGGGCCUGCAUUGACAAGAUCAAUGGCUACGAGUGUGCUUGUGAACCCGGCUACACUGGUACGAUGUGUAACAUUAACAUCGAUGAAUGUGCCAUCAACCCCUGCCGCAAUGGAGGCACCUGCAUCGACGGCAUCAACAGCUUCACCUGCGUUUGUCCGGAUGGUUACCACGAUUCCACCUGCUUCUCUCAAGUCAACGAGUGCCUGAGCAACCCCUGCAUCCACGGUCACUGCGAAGACCAGAUUAAUGGCUAUAAUUGCCUUUGUGAUUCUGGCUGGAGUGGCAAAAACUGCGACAUCAACAACAAUGAGUGUGAAUCCAACCCGUGCAUGAAUGGAGGCACCUGCAAGGACAUGACCAGCGGAUACGUUUGCACCUGUCGCAUGGGCUUCACUGGGCCGAACUGCCAGACAAACAUCAACGAGUGCGCCUCCAACCCCUGCCUCAACCAGGGGACCUGCAUCGAUGAUGUCGCUGGGUACAAGUGCAACUGCAUCCUGCCUUACACGGGAGAAAACUGUGAAAUCUUGAUGGACCCCUGCAGCUCCAAACCCUGCAAGCAUGGAGGAGUAUGUGAGGAGUCAGAGGACUAUCUGAGCUUCUCCUGUGUCUGUCCUGAAGGGUGGCAGGGCCAAACAUGUGAGGUGGACAUUAAAGAGUGUGUGAAGAAUCCGUGUCUGAAUGGAGCAACGUGCCAGAACACGUUAGGCAGCUACCGCUGUGACUGCAAGCCGGGCUUCACAGGACGCAACUGUGAGACCAACGUUGACGACUGCAAGCCGAACCCCUGCAGCAACGGAGGCCUUUGUAAGGACGAAGUGAACAGCUUCCUGUGCACCUGCCUGCCUGGCUUCCGGGGUCCAAAGUGUGAGGAGGACAUCAACGAGUGCGAGAGCAACCCGUGUCGGAACGGAGCCAACUGCACAGACUGCGUUAACAGCUACACCUGCACCUGCCCGCCCGGUUUCAGUGGGAUCCACUGUGAAAAUAACACUCCUGACUGCACAGAAAGCUCGUGCUUCAACGGCGGCACCUGUGUGGACGGGAUCAACACCUUCACCUGUUUAUGUCCACCAGGCUUCACUGGGAGCUACUGUCAGCAUGACAUCAAYGAGUGCGACUCCAGACCCUGUCAGAAUGGAGGCACCUGCCAGGACAGCUACGGCACCUACAAAUGCACCUGUCCGCAUGGCUACACUGGACUCAGUUGUCAGAACUUGGUUCAUUGGUGCGAAACGUCACCAUGUAAAAACGGGGGAACCUGCUGGCAGACAGGAACUACAUACAGCUGUGGGUGUAAGACUGGCUGGACGGGCCUUUAUUGUGACGUGCCAAGUGUUUCCUGUGAGGUGGCAGCUAAACAGAGAGGAGUGGAUGUUUCCCAGCUGUGUAAAAACUCGGGUCAGUGCCUGGAUGCAGGAAACGUUCACUACUGCCACUGUCAGGUUGGCUACAGUGGGAGCUACUGCGAGGAGCAGGUGGACGAAUGUACGCCGAACCCCUGCCAGAAUGGAGCCACCUGCACCGACUUCCUGGGUGGAUAUACCUGCAAGUGCAUGCCAGGAUACUUGGGGACCAACUGCUCUGUGGAGAUCAAUGAGUGCUCCUCCCAGCCGUGCCAGAAUGGGGGCACCUGCAUUGACCUGAUCAAUACCUACAAAUGCUCCUGUCCCAGAGGAACCCAAGGUGUGCACUGUGAAAUCAACUUUGACGACUGCAACCCGUUCAUUGACUCCGUCACCAAAGAGCCCAAGUGUUUCAACAAAGGCAAGUGUGUGGACGGAGUGGGAGGCUACCACUGCCUCUGCCCUGCAGGGUACGUGGGGGAGCGCUGCGAGGGGGACGUCAACGAGUGUCUCUCCAACCCCUGCGACCCACGGGGCACGCACAGCUGCAUCCAGCUCACAAACAAUUAUCGCUGCGAGUGUCGCACCGGAUACACAGGUCAGCGCUGUGACACGGUGUUUGACGGCUGUAAGAGUAAACCUUGCCGUAAUGGAGGAACUUGUUCUGUGGCCAGUAACACGCCGCAUGGCUUCAUUUGCAAAUGCCCUCCUGGUUUUACCGGAUCCACCUGUGAAUAUGACUCUCAUGCCUGCGGCAGCCUUCACUGUCGCAAUGGAGGCACUUGCAUCUCUGGCCACAACAGUCCAAAGUGCGUGUGUCUGCCGUCGUUCACCGGGCCCGAGUGCCAGUUUCCCGCCAACAGCCCAUGCAACUCCAACCCCUGUUACAACGGCGGCACGUGCGAGUACACCUCGGAGGCGCCGUUCUACCACUGCAUCUGCCCCACCAACUUCAACGGCCUCCGCUGCCACAUCCUGGAUUACAGUUUCCGCGGAGGCUUCGGCCAAACCAUCCCGCCGCCGACGGACGUGGAGGUCGCCUGCGAGAUCCCGCAGUGCGAGAAGCACAAGCACAACAAGUACUGCGACGUGCUCUGUAACAACCACGCGUGCGGCUGGGACAACGGCGACUGCUCACUMAACUUCGAAGACCCGUGGAAGAACUGCUCGUCGGCGCUGCAGUGCUGGAGGUACUUUAACGACGGAAAGUGCGAUUCACAGUGCAACAGUGCCGGAUGCCUCUACGAUGGGUUUGACUGCCAGAACCUGGAAGGACAGUGCAACCCUCUGUAUGACCAGUACUGCAAGGACCAUUACGCGGACGGCCACUGCGACCAGGGCUGCAACAAUGCAGAGUGCGAGUGGGACGGCUUGGACUGCGCCAACAACAUGCCUGAGAAACUAGCCGUGGGCCAGUUGGUCCUGGUGGUCCACAUCACCCCCGAGCAGCUCCUCAACAACUCCUUCGGGUUCCUGCGUGAGCUGAGCCGCGUCCUCAGAACCAACAUGAUCUUCAGGCAGGAUGCGAAGGGGGAAAUGAUGGUCUACCCGUAUUACGGGAACGAACACGAGCUGAAGAAGUACAAUGUCAAGCGCUCUGUGGACUCGUGGUCCGAUAUUCCUGGCAAGGUGCUGAACGUGGUGAAGAGGAGUCUGUAUGACGGGGCUGACGGCAGCAGGAGGAAAAGGAGGGAGCUCGAUCAUCUGCAGAUCAAAGGCUCCAUUGUCCACCUGGAGAUGGACAACCGUCAGUGCGUCCAGCAGUCCAGCGAGUGUUUCCAGAGCACCGAUGAUGCUGCCGCUUUCCUCGGGGCUUUGGAGUCCAGCGGCAAACUGGAUGUUCCGUUCACCAUCGAAGCUGUUUAUAGCGGCGUGGAACUCCAGCCUCCUGAUGGACUCUACCCAAUCUAUUUGGUCUUGGGCAGCGUUGGGAUACUGUUCUUCCUCGGAGUGGGGAUGGUGGCCGCCCGAAAGCGGCGCCACGAGCAUGGACGCCUCUGGCUUCCUGAGGGCUUCAAGACCACAGAGACCAACAAGAAGAAGCGACGUGAGCCCGUCGGGGAGGAUUCAGUGGGAUUAAAGCCACUGAAAAACACCUCAGACAUUUCCCUCAUGGACGACAACCAGAAUGAAUGGGCAGAGGAUGAACCUGCGGAUGCAAAACGUUUCAAGCAGUUUGACGAGCAGGCUGUGCUCGAUGUUGACGACCAGACGGAUCACCGCCAGUGGACCCAGCAGCACCUGGACGCCGCUGACCUGCGCAUCCCCUCCAUCGCUCCCACUCCCCCCCAGGGUGAAAUUGAAAACGACUGCAUGGAUGUCAAUGUGCGGGGACCAGAUGGAUUCACACCCCUGAUGAUUGCGUCMUGCAGUGGAGGAGGAUUAGAAACGGGCAACAGCGAGGAGGAGGAGGAUGCCUCCGCUAACGUCAUCAACGACUUCAUUUACCAAGGCGCUAACCUUCACAACCAGACCGACCGUACAGGUGAAACGGCGCUUCACCUGGCUGCGCGCUACGCCCGUUCCGACGCCGCCAAAAGGCUGCUGGAGGCUAGCGCUGACGCUAACAUCCAGGACAACAUGGGCAGGACGCCGCUGCACGCUGCCGUGGCAGCCGAUGCCCAGGGGGUGUUCCAGAUAUUGAUAAGGAACCGGGCCACAGAUUUGGAUGCCCGCAUGCAUGAUGGCACCACGCCCCUGAUCUUAGCUGCCAGGCUGGCGGUGGAAGGCAUGGUGGAGGAGCURAUUAACUGCCAUGCUGAUGUGAAUGCCAUUGAUGAUUUUGGUAAAUCAGCUCUACACUGGGCUGCAGCUGUAAAUAAUGUGGAGGCUGCCAUCAUGCUACUGAAGAAUGGUGCCAACAAGGACAUGCAGAACAACAAGGAGGAAACCCCUCUGUUCCUCGCUGCCAGGGAAGGAAGCUAUGAGACUGCCAAGGUCUUAUUGGACCACUUUGCUAACAGGGAAAUAACCGACCACAUGGAYCGACUGCCUAGAGACAUUGCACAGGAGAGAAUGCAUCAUGACAUUGUGCGGCUGAUGGACGAGUACAACCUGGUACGAAGUCCCCCCAUGCACGGAGGGUCUCUGAGCACUACAUUGUCACCCCCUCUCUGCUCACCCAGUGGCUUCCUGGGCAGCAUGAAGCAGCCUCCAAGUCAAGGCCAGGGCAAGAAGGCCCGCAAACCUAGCGCCAAGGGGAUCGGCUGCAAAGACARCAAAGACAUGAAGGUGAAGAAGAAGAACUCUCAGGACGGGAAGGCUGGGAAUCUCCUGGACAGCUCUGCGGUUCUGUCGCCGGUAGACUCGCUAGAGUCUCCGCACGGUUACGUUUCCGAUGUGGCUUCACCGCCCAUGAUGACCUCGCCCUUCCAGCAGUCACCUUCGGUGUCUCUCAACCACCUGCAGGGCAUGUCCGACCCACACAUGGCCGUGAACCACAUGGUGAUGUCAAACAAGCAGGAGCUGGCUCGAAUGCAGUUUGACCCCCUGCCUCCUCGUCUCACCCACCUGCCCGUGUCCGGCUCUGCUGGUCAGGGGGCYAUGAAUGGCCAGUGCGACUGGCUGUCCAGGAUGCACGGCAGCAUGAGCCAGCCAGCUCAGUUCAACGCCAUGAGAAGCACUCCUGGCAGUAAAGGAGGUCUGCACCAAAGUGGCGGACAGCACGGGUUGAUCACGACCUCUCUGCACCCCAACUCCAGCCUGUCUCAGAUGAUGACCUACCCGGGGCUGCAGAGCACCCGACUGGGCCCUCAGACCCACAUGAUGCAGCAGCAGGCUCAGCAGCUGCAGCAGAUGCAAAACCUCCAGCAGCUCCAGAAGCAGCAGCAGCAGAGYAUCCAGCUGCAGCACCAGAACACGAACCCAACCAACAGCCAGAACUUCAUCAGYGGGGAGCUCGGUUCUCCAGAGCUCCAGCAGGGCACCGGCAGCUCCAGCAUGCCGAUCCGUACGAUUUUACCACAGGAGACCCAGAUUAUGCCCUCCACCAUCAGCCAGUCAAUGCCCAGCACCCAGUUCCUCACCCCGCCCUCCCAGCACUCCCAGCACAACUAUUCAGGCCCGAUGGACAACACCCCGAACCAUCAGGUCCAAGUGCCCGACCACCCCUUUCUGACCCCGUCUCCUGGCUCCCCCGACCAGUGGUCCAGUUCGUCUCCUCAUUCCAACAUGUCCGACUGGUCCGARGGCAUUUCGAGUCCACCGACAAGCAUGCAGUCUCAGAUCGGACACAUAUCAGAACAGUUCAAAUAAAACGCUGUGUUUUCACAUCCAGAUGAGCUGCUGUAUAUAUCUAUUUUUUUAUAAAAUGUUUGUUCUUUGAAAAAGUAAAGAARGCGAGCAGAGCUGUAAACAAGAAUAGACUUUUAUAAUCUUUUAUACUAACAACGUAUGUGCUUCAUUCAUUCUUUUUAUUUAUUAAUGUCUGUUUAUUUAUGUGCAUCGCUUGCUUGUCGACAUGGUUUCAGUUCAGACGCAGGACAGAGGAAGUCCACUAAAGAAACCCUUUUUCUUYGUAGAACUUUGGCAGCAUACACACUGGGUAUUUAUUUCCCUGAKGACAUUUUAUUUUUCUCUUUCUGUUUAUAUUUUUGUAUAACCUUGUUUAUAUAUUUUUUUUCUUAAAAAGGCCACAUUGUUAAGUUUCAGUGUUACGUGGGAAAACAUCAGCUGAUGACAAACAUGCUGUGAAUGUUAACAGAAUGUGUAAGUUAUAGGAAUUGCUCUUUUAAAUAGCAAGUCAUUCUUUGAAACACUCUCUAGAGUUGUAUAAAAUUAUUCAAUCAGUGAAGCAGCAUUUAGCUGUCUUUUUGGGAUUGCAUUCGUGCGUUGAGUUGUGAAGGGAUCRUGAUAUGUUGUUCGUCGUAUGGCCAUCUUGGAGAUUGGCAGUUUAAGGCAGGCUUGAGUUUUUGUUAGUCCUGUGGUGUUGGAGACCUGGCCCGUUGGCCACAGUGUUUGUUUGUUGUACAGAGAGAACAGGAAACUUUGGAUUCCUUCUCCCUCCGAUGAGUUUGAGCCUAUGGCUGUGUUCUUCCUUUUGUAAAUAUGCUUUGCAUUUCCUUUGUAAGCAAGAUUUUGUUUAAGAAAUCUUAUGUCUUCAGCAUGUGUUGAGUAGGUCUUGCACCAGCCUCAAAAUGUAAAACAAAAACAGAUUAUAUAUAUUUUGUAUCUUUUGGGCGUUGAGGAAUUAAUAAAUUUGAAGUGUACACAAAUAGAUUCAAUAUAUUAUUGGGUUACAGUUUGGUAUAUUAAAAAAACACGUAAAUUUCAAGGUUUUAUAAAUUCAUAUUUAUUUGCAAAAACAAAAACUUAUCGAGGCAACCCUUUGUGUGUGUUAAAAAUUUGUUUUGUUUAAAUAAAAACUGUUGGCUAAGUUCCCAGUUGUGAGAUGCACUCUGUUUUGAUUUUUCAAUAUUAUGUUUAAAUAAAUACAAACUUGUUAGGUUGUAGUGACAGUUUUUGCAAUAUGUUCUUUCAAUAAAUGUAUUUUCUUUUUUUAAUUCUGUAAAAAAGUUUCUUGCUAUAAUAAAGAACACUUGUGUGUCUUAAAUUUGA